CCAGUUGAAAUCGUCGUCUCUCGUGCGGUACAUUGUUGCCAUUGUUGAAGUCAUUCAUACGAACACCGUAUGAUUGCUGUUCAGUGAAGUUUAUUAAUUCUGUAGCAGUAAUCAUGACCGAGGAUGUCAGUGUUAUGUUUCAAAAAGGGCUAUCCGAGUGGUGGAACGAGGAGACCGAAUAUAUUUUCCAAAGGAUCGAAAGAUGGGCCGCAUACGCGAGAGGUUAUAAUCGUCUAAGGUCCCAAAGGCUGUCCAGAGGGCGCAUGACAAUGCAGGGAGGACAGGAGCCUCGUUGGAACAUUUGCUCGAACAAACUUAUCGUCGAUGAUUCCUCCUGGAAUCCGAGUUUUCACACCUUGAAGAAAUCGCAACGAAAGCCUCAACAGGAGGAAAUGAAGAUCAAUUGUUGCGGAACUUUCAACUACCAGUCGAACAGUAAUUUGGACAGCACUUGUUUGGAGACGUACAGAUACGAUCACAGUAUUUACUUCAAAACAAUUGGCGACAUUAAGAACGGCAAGAAGGAGGCUGCUGAUGCUAGGAACGAACAAGAUGACAGAAUCUCUGUCAGUAGUGAAGAGGUUAUGGAAUGGGACGUCUCGAUGUCGGUUAAUUCAAUGUCGGACUUCAUUACCAAUCAGCUUAUGGAAGAUAGAUUUGUCAGUGAUAAUGUUAAAAAUGUCUUUGAUUGUACGGAAAAUCCAGCUCAGAAUAUGAAUUCUGUCACGUGGUUCAACGUGGAUUUAUAUAAACUCGAUUUAAACGAGGACGCCACCGUUGCGGAUAGCGAUGAGCAAAAUAACGAAAAUAAUUUGACGAUCACUGAGAUCGUAGAGGAAAAGAAUAAUAAUUACAUAGAGAAUAAAGAAUCUGUUAUGGACACGAAUCUAAAGAAUCAAACACAGGUGAACCAUAUGGUAGAAGGUCAAAAUAGUACAGGAGAAACACAGCCCGAAAGAGGAAUCGAGAGGUUUUUUAAUAUACGGAAAACUAGGAGAACAACCAAAACAGUUAAGCAGUCUCCAAUUACAGGCGAUAAUGACGUUACAUGGCCGAGUGUUUUAUUGAAUUAUAGUAACAAUAAGAACAUCAAUCCUUUUAAUUCACCGCAUCAUUAUGUAGGAAAUGAAUUAAAGUGA